UCAUAAUAAUACUAAUAGAAGGAGAAAGUGAAUCAAACAUGAACAACUAAACAAUCAACACACCAACUAAAUCAAGAUUAAGAUAAAAACUAAAAUCUAAACAUGGGUUAAACUAAUUUUAGACAAAACUUAAAUAAACAAAAAGAUAAGAGUAUAAGAAGUAGAGAGAAGAGGAGAUAUUACUUAAACCAUGAAGAAGAAAUGAAGAUCUUGCACAAAAACCAUAAUUUUUGUCAUAAUCCAAGCUACAAAACCAUGGAAAUCUACUUUCUCUCUCUAGAACCUUACUUUCCCUCACUAGAUUAAGCUAAGAACUCCCUAAAAAUGAUUUACUGGAAUUAAAGUUAAUUUGUCAUUAAGUGAAAAAGGUAUUUAUAUCCCCACAAAAACGAGGCUAAAAUCAGCGUUUAACAUAAAAAUAUCGCGAAAAUAACAAGGAGCGCCCGCUCUUUGUAAAACAGGAGCUCCCGCUCCUAACAAAAUGAGGCGCUGGAGCGGGAGCUCUUUGGUAGCUCCUAGGUCGCUCCAAAGUUUCUGCCAACAAAAGUGGCUGCCCAGCAGGUGGGGAGCGCCCGCUCCUCAAUAUAAAGGAGCGCCCGCUCCUUGUAUUAUGUGCUCCAAGGAGCGCUUGCUCAAUGGUAGCUCCUUGGUAGCUCCAAAGUUUAUGCCCUCCUUUGCCAUCCUCAACGCAUAAAGGAGCGCCCGCUCCUGUUUCCUUGAGAGCUCCCGCUCCUUUGCUCCUCAUGCUAGGAGCUCCAGCUCCUUGGUGGCUCCCUCCUAGCUCCAACUUUCUGGUUUGCUUUUUCAUGUACAGGGACGUUCAGGAGCGCCCGCUCCGUUUUCCUUUCUGCCUUUUUCCUCAUAAAAAACACAUCAACAAUAGUUAGUGGUCAAAGGAGAGGGGAAAGAACCAUAAAAUUUCAUCUACCUAGCAUGCAUUGUUAGAGGAUGAAAAAUGAUGAAAUUAAGGGGAAAAGUGCAUUUGGAUCCAAAAUUAUCAUGUAAAUCUUGCCAAAAUAUGCAUAUGAGUGAGACCAAAUUCUCACUCAUCAGGCCACAAACAUGCUAGCUGAUUUAAUAGCAAAAAAAAAAAGCAAAAGGAAAGAGAGAUGAGUUAUAUGAAUAUUUGUAUUUUGUCAAACCUUCACUAUGAAUUACAUGAAUAUUUAUAUUUCCGACAAAAAUAGUUGCUUAGUUGCUCCAAACUUAACCUUCAUGAAAAUCCUACCUCUCAUACUAUUAUUGUAUCUUAACCUUAAUUAUGUUUAAUGAAUGUUCCUUCUCCCCCCCCCCAAAAAAAAAAACUUAUCUACAUGGACCACACAUGACAUUUUCGAAUUUUUUCCUUGAAUAAUGCAAAAGUAGGUUUAAAUUUCCAAAAUAUGCCCAAAAAACAUAAAAUUCCCUGCGUACCGUCCACGUAGGACGGCACGCGAGAAAAUUGUUUUUUUUGUUUUAACCCACGGAAACCGCUACUCAAAGUAGCGGUUUAAUUUUAAAAUAAACAGCUACUCUGAGUAGCGGUUUACCUACGCAAAAUAUGGUAAGCAGAUAUCAGUUUGCAUAGUAAACCGCUACUCCGAGUAGUGGUUUUACCUAAGUUGAAAAAAAAAAAAUUCUCGGCACUUGUAAACCGCUACUUCAAGUAGCGGUUUUACUAAAAAAAAAAUAAAUCUCGCGUGCCGUCCUACGUGGACGGUACACAGGGAAUUUUAAUUUUUUUGGACAUAUUUGGAAAUUAAAACCCACUUUUGCAUUAUCCAAGGAAAAAAUUCUGACAUUUUCCAUAUGGUGCAUGACGUAUUGAUAACCACACACAUGACAUAUCCCAAUUCCUAUAUGAGGCAUCACAUAUUGACAAUUUGACAUGAAUGACAUCCACAUAUUUACACACAUAAUGAUAUAAACAUAUCUAUGAGCUCAUGGUAUUGGCUCGCACAUGCUACCAGGCGCAACACCUUCACAGCACACACUUUAGAGUGUAGAUGUUACUCCCUCAAUUCUAUUCAUAAUUACAGAGAAAUUCUAAAUUCUUUCCGAUGGAUAAGAAACAGUCAUGCGAAGUCGUAUUUAAUUCGUCUCAACAUAUAAUUCAUUAAUUUUAAAUUAUAAUAAUUUCUACUAAUAUAAAAUAGAAGAUAUCUAUACAAAUAUAUUAAAAGGCGUGCAUAAACAAGAAACUGUGCCACGUAGUGCUCUCUCUAGGAAGUUUUAGUUCAUGUAAUCCAUGUCAAUAAAAAAAAUUAGAAAUUACAUAGUAUAGUGUUAUUGUUAUAAAAUAUUAUAUUGAUAAAUGAAACUUUUUGUUAUCCGGGGCAUAUCCCGGACCUAACAACUAAUUUUAAGGUUAAAAAAAAAAAAAAGUACAUUUUACAAACACGUAUAAUAAGAUAAGUUUAGAUAAUAAGAUAAGUUUAGUUAAAAAGAUAGAGAUUGAUUACUACAAAUUUAUUUUCAAGUUAAACUAACUAUAAUUUGCCUUACAGUGAAAUAAAUGCAAAAACAAACUCUAGAUACCUUGAUCUACUCAAAGUGGUUUGCAAAACCGUGGACCUUAAAAAAUAACUUCAAAAGCAACCCAACAACAAAAAAACAACAACAAAAAAAAAGACUUAAAAAGACUUUAGAAUCAAGUCUCCCUUUAUUAUGAACACGUUUUUUUUGCAUAUUGGACUCUUCUUUAACCGAGAUUAGAUCAAAUUUAUGAUAUUUGUGAUGAAUGCAUGUAGCUAGUAUUUUUACUAUUUUAUCUACACCAAACUACUUAACUUUUCUCAACAAACUAGAAUCUCAUCGGAUUCGGAUAGUGAUACGAUUAUCAAUCAAAAUUUAAUUUCCAUAAAUUUCAUCCCUUCAAUUCAGAUAAACUAGAAUUCGAGAUUCGAGAUCGUAUAUAUAUGUAUAAAUAAUAUACGACUACUAUACAUAAUAUACAACUUCCAUUCUUUCUGACAUCAAAAAUCAGAGAAAAUGUCUAUUAUGGUUGUGAAUGAAAGGCCGUUAAGGAAAGAUACGCAAAGGAUGAUAAAGUCACGUGAUAUUUCUCAGAUGAACAUGAAAAGGAAGCUCCAAGGACUCUUGCAAUCUGAAGCUGAACAAAGUAAAGAAAUUGAUCAUCAGGAUGUUUCUUUAAUGAAGCGACAACGUCUUAGUAAAGAGAUUGAAGAUUAUUUGUUCGAUGAUUUUGAAUUGGAUGAAGAGAAUUCCGAAGUAGAGGAAGAAACAGAUGAUGAGGAUUACAAGAUCCUGAAGUCUAAAAGAUCGACAAGGAGAAGCAGAACUAGUGCAAUAAAGAGAAAUUCUGCAAAUAAACACCAAAGUGCGAAAGAAAAACCAAGCAAACCAGUGGUUAAGAAAAACAAAACAACCACAAGAAUCAAGCAUUCGGGGCCUAAGGUUCGGGGAAGUAACAGUGUUGAUUUGAGCAGUACUUCUUGUUCAGGAGGUUCUGAUCCUUAUAAUUCACCAUCUCCUGCUUCGUCUCUGACAUUUUGCUCCCGAACUUCAACUAAUUCAACUUCAAGCACAGAUUGUGAUGGAAUUAGUGCUCCAAGAUCAACCAAAAAUACAAUGCGACAGGAAAAACAUGAAAAACGUCAUUUAAAGUGUCAUCAGUGCAAGAAAAGUGAUAGACCAGCUGUUAUUCGAUGUUUCAAGUGCAAAGAGAAGGAAUACUGUAUGCGAUGCAUUAGACAAUGGUACCCUGAAGAAUCUGAGAUGGAUAUUUCACUAGCCUGCCCCUUUUGUCGGAAAAUUUGUAAUUGCAACGAUUGUCUACAUUUAAGGAAUACAAUCAAAACAUCAAGAAGAGACAUUCUACACCAAGAAAAGGCUGAACACCUCGCCUAUCUAGUCAAAUCUUUGUUGCCAUUCAUAAGUGAAAUUCUUCAAGAGCAGUCUGAAGAAAUUGAGUUGGAAUCCAAGAUAUUAGGCAUUACAAUAAGUGAAGAUAAUAUACUAGAGUCAACCUGCUUUGAUGACGAGCGAAUUUACUGCAAUCAGUGUGCCACUUCAAUUUUUGAUCUCCAUAGAAGUUGCCCUGGGUGCAGUUUUGAACUUUGUUUGAGUUGUUCUCGAGAGAUUCGUCAAGGGAGGCUUUCUGGAGGCCCUGAUAUAACGCCACACAGAUAUAAUUACAGGGGACAUGAUUACUGUCAUGGUGGCAAGCCCCUACCAAGAAGCUCAACUGAAUCAACUGAUACCAUCCCCACAUUGAGUGUAUGGAUCGUUAAUGAUGAUGGCAGUAUUCCUUGUCCUUCAAAAGAUCGAGGAGGGUGUGGUGAUCGGGUUUUGGAGUUAAGGAGACUUCUUCCUAAGAGUUGGAUACAAAACUUGGAAACAAGGGCAAAGUUAAUAGCCAAAAGUGAGGGUAUUCAACAAACUCUUGCAAGCCCCUUAAAGAAUGUUAACCUUGAAGACUUCCGAGAAAAAUCUAGUGGAAAUUGCUUGUAUCGUCCGUCUGCCAGGGAGAUGCUUGCACCUGAUGGGAUAAUUCACUUCAGAAAACAUUGGGCCAAUGGUGAACCUGUGGUUGUAAGAGAGACUUUAGCUCAAACGCUCGGUUUGAGCUGGGAGCCAAUGGUAAUGUCACGAGCACUCUGUGAAAAUAUGGACUCGAAUAUCAAAGCGGUGGAUUGUCUAACUAACUGUGAGGUAGAAAUCAGUACUAGGGAUUUUUUCAAGGGAUAUAAACAAGGUAGAGCAUGCACCAAUUUCUGGCCUAUGAUGUUGAAGCUAAAAGACUGGCCUCCAUCUGACAAGUUUGAAAAUCUUUUGCCGAGACACUGUGAUGAGUUUAUCACUGCUUUGCCCUUUCAAGAGUAUACAGAUCCUACUGGUGGUAUCCUCAACCUUGCUACUCUUUUGCCUUCCAACGUCCUCAAACCAGAUUUGGGACCAAAGACUUACAUUGCUUACGGGACUACUCAAGAGCUCGGACGAGGAGAUUCUGUGACUAAGCUUCAUUGUGACAUGUCAGAUGCGGUAAACAUCUUAAUGCAUACUGCUGAUGUUUCGUUAAGUGAGGAUCAAUUGAUGGCGAUUGACAUGCUCAAAAAGAAACACAAAGCUCAAGAUCGAGCAGAACUGCAGAGCUUACAAGUGGUAAAUUACAAAGAGGACCUCGAUCUAACGCCAAGUGUUUCAACAGAAAAGGGUGCUGCUCUUUGGGACAUAUUUAGAAGAGAAGAUGUAACCAAGUUGGAAGAUUAUUUGCGGAAACAUUCUAAGGAAUUUCGACAUAUGUAUUGUUCUCCUGUAGAACAGGUCAUCCAUCCCAUCCACGACCAAUCGUUCUACUUGACCUCAGAACACAAGCAAAAGCUGAAGGAGGAAUAUGGGGUUGAACCCUGGACAUUUGAGCAAAAACUCGGAGAGGCAGUAUUCAUACCUGCUGGCUGUCCACAUCAGGUUCGAAAUCUCAAGUCAUGCACAAAGGUAGCCGUGGAUUUUGUCUCACCAGAGAACAUUGGAGAGUGUCUCCGACUGACAGAGGAGUUCCGGAAACUCCCAAAAUUCCACAGGGUUCGAGAAGACAAACUCGAGGUAACAAAAUAUCACCUUAUUAUAACAUUCAGGUUCGUAUUUGUAUCAUUUUUUUCAGAGCAGCCUAAUUAACUAUUUUCUUGUAACAUUAACGACCAGAUCAAGAAGAUGAUCCUUCAUGCAGUCAACAAAACAGUAAAACAUUUAGAGGAUUUGAGAUUAUAGGAGGCAGCCCAAUUUUUGUAUAGCAUAGAUGAGAGGGUGCAGUGAAUGUAAAGUAUACGAAAAGUAUGUAAACAGUGAGACGAAUGAAGCAAAGCACACAUACAUUUUCAGAAAAUGUGGUAUCGAAACUUAUAUGCCUGUUGAUUAGUAAUCCAAUAGUAAGUUAUGUUACAAAUGUAUAAUUAUCGAUUCUCUCAAAUUUAAUGUUCUUACCAUUUACAAGAGAAUUUCAUAUAUACAGGUUAUGUUAGGUUCGUAAUUUUUUAGCUUGAAAUUUGGACUUAAAAAAACUUAUAUACAAUCGGUGUAAUAUACUCUCUCCAUCCUCAAAUAAUUUUUUUUAUAUACCAUCCACCUAUACAACAUAUGUCUCUCCAUUAGCUUACCCUAUCUCACCCUUUCUCUUUAUACUCCUGUGAUGUGAGAUCCUCCGCUAACACUUUUCCUUACUCUCUGUUACUCCAUUAAGAAAGUCUUACUUUAACUUAAUCUACCCAAAAAAAACCGACACUUACCUACUUAAUGUCUGUGCCAAUAACUACACAACUAGCUGAUGA